AAUGCAAUAACGAAGAUGGUUUCCUGAAGCGCACAGGGCUGAAAUUGCCCGACACAUCUUCUUCUUGGUUUAACAAGACGCUGACCCUCAAGGAAUGCGAAGAAUUGUGUUUGAAGAACUGCUCCUGCACGGCAUAUUCAAGUUUAGAUGUCAAGGGGGGAGGAAGCGGUUGCUUGCUUUGGCGAUAUUAAAGGAUUCACCGAGGGAGGGCAAGAUCUCUAUAUAAGGAUGGCCGCUUCAGAAUUGGAUCAUCUUGAGAAAAAGAGGCACUCGAGCAAGAAGAAACUAAUAGCAUUCAUAGUCGGGUCAACAUUUCUAGUUGUGGGAAUGACAAUAGUUGCACUGGUCUCAUUCAUAUGGAAGAAGAAACUCAGAAACCAAGAAAUGACGAAAAGGAAUCAGAGGAAGGAUUGUGACAAUGGAGGUGGGAAGAAUGAUAUGGAGUUACCGAUAUUUGAUCUGGCGGCCAUAGCUAAUGCCACAGAUAAUUUUUCAAACAACAAGCUAGGAGAAGGUGGCUUUGGCCCUGUGUACAAGGGUAUAUUGCCAGACGGAAGAUAUAUAGCUGUGAAGAGGCUUUCAAAGAAUUCUGGACAAGGACUGAAUGAGUUCAAAAAUGAAGUUAUCUUGAUUGCAAAACUUCAACACCGUAAUCUUGUGAAGAUUCUCGGUUAUUGCAUUCAAGAAAAUGAAAACAUGUUAAUCUAUGAAUACAUGCCCAACAAAAGCUUGGACUCCUUUAUUUUUGAUCAAACACAGAGUAAAUUACUAGAUUGGCAUAAGCGCAUCAACAUUAUUCAUGGUGUUGCUAGAGGGCUUCUGUAUCUUCAUGAAGACUCUAGACUGAGAAUUAUCCAUAGAGAUCUCAAAGCUAGCAAUAUCCUUUUAGAUAAUAAUAUGAAUCCAAAAAUUUCGGACUUUGGCCUGGCUAGAUCAUUUGGGGGAGAUCAAAUUGAUUCCAAGACCAAUAGGAUUAUUGGAACACAUGGUUAUAUGUCUCCCGAGUAUGCGAUGCAUGGACGGUACUCGAUAAAAUCUUAUGUAUUUAGCUUUGGAGUUUUAGUAUUAGAGACAAUGAGUGGAAAGAAAAAUAGGGAAUUUUGUCACCCAGACCACGACCUUAAUCUUCUUGGACAUGCAUGGAAACUGUGGAUUGAAGACAGGUCAAUGGAGCUGAUCGAUGAAUUGGAAAGUGACUUGUACACUCUAUGUAAUGUACUACGACACAUUCAUGUCGGUCUGUUAUGUGUGCAACAAAAACCAGAAGAUAGGCCAAACAUGUCAUCUGUAGUUCGAAUGUUGACCAAUGAGAGUUUAUUGCCUAGGCCAAGGCAGCCGGGUUUCUUUACCGAUCCACUUGAAGCAGUUCCUUCAUCUAGCAAGCAUGCAACUUGUUCAGUAAACAGAGUCACCAUUACAUUGUUAGAAGCACGGUAAAUAUCAUCAAAUUGAGAGCAAAAAUAGAGAGUUCUUGUUUUUAAUGAAUUUCUAUAAUUAAUAAUGGUUUCAGUUUAUUUAGAUGAACAAAAAAUGUCUAGAAGCUGCUACUCUUUAGGACAAAAGGGUCAAAAAGAUAAAUAGAUUUGGCUUAGUGCAAGGCUGCCCCUACUGUAUUCAUGUUGUUUAUUCAUGUAGUAGAUUAGUCUUUACACAAAAGACUAUAUCAUGCGUUUCAGAGUGUGUGUUCUUUGAACAAUUUUAGAAUCAAUU